UCGCGGUGGGAGGAAUCUGGAAGUGGCCAGGAGUGGCACUGCACUCAUAAACACCAGAGAGGCUCCGUCCCCGCGGACUCUGUGAGGAACACUGUGGACACACUCUGCUAGCAGGCUCUUUCACAUCUGAACAUGUCCGGUUAUAAUCAAGGCUACAAUUCAGGUCUCCCACCAGGCGGCUAUCCGGCACCUGGAUACGGCCCCCCGCCUGGAUCCUGGCCUCAGUCUGGGCCCAAUGGUCCACCAAGGCCCUACCUUCCACCUGGACCGGGGGGGUAUCCCCCAGGGACCGUCCUACCACCAGGGACUAUCCUAGCACCAGGGACAGCCCCACCACCAGCUUGCCCUCCUCCCCCAUACCACCCAGGUGGUGUUCCAGCUUAUGGUCUGUCUGUUCAAUGUGAACAGAGGCACCAUCAUUGCCACGGCCGUGGUCGUGGUCGUGGUCGUGGUCGUGGGCUCCAUUUUGGUCGCCAUCACGGUCAUUGUCACCAUCAGCACUGCGGCUGCUGCAGUGACUCGGACUAGACCAUAAGAGGAACUCAAGAGAACAGAUGGGGCUGCUUAACUCAAGGACCGUCCACAGAAACUCUUCUGCUUUUAAUACUUCUAACACUUCCUCUUUGAUUUAUUACAAAGCCUCUUACUGAACCUAGAAGUGAAUUUUACUGUUCUGUCGUUUGUGAUUUACAGACUACUGAACUGAACUGUUUUAGUUCACUGGCUGUCAAACUGGUAUCAGGCUGAUUCACUGAACCUCUUACUUAUACUGAUUUAUGGGGCUGCUACCAUAUUGUGAUCAGAACAUUGCAGUUUUCAACAGCUAAACACCAUUUAAUGGAUAUCAGGGGUUCAGCUGUGAAGAUAAAAAUGAAAAUGUGUUAUCCCUACUGUAUAAAUUUAAUGUGUCUUCCUCAGACAAAAGUAGAUUCUAUAUACAGCUUAAUCAGUUUUUAAUUUGUUUGUUUAUUUUGACAGAAUAAAGAGAAUUAGAAAGAAAUGUAAAA